AUGGCCGCGCGGCGGAAGAGUGCAGCGGCAGCGAGGGGUCUGUUGAGUUGCUUGGUUGGUCGCCUUGCUGCUGCGUCGACGCGGAAGGAAAGAAGGGAGGAAGGGGCGCUGCGACGCGGUGCGAGAGGCGGGGAUGCAGGCGCCUUGGUGGAGCGGUGGGCUAUGGCGGGACCGACGACGGCGCGGCGGGAGGCAGAGAGGCGGAAAGCCGGUGCUGGUCGCGCGAGCUGUUGCGAGUUGCUUGCGUCGGCCUGA